AUGCCUCGUGCCAGUACCGCCCCCGGGGCGCGGCUCCGAUGUCGCCGCGCCUGUGACAGCUGCAAGCGGCGCAAGCAGAAAUGCAAUGGCGAGCAGCCCUGCACGAUCUGUAUCCAGCGGCACAAGGAGCCCGAAUGCCAUUUCUCCGACCGACCCGCGCGACUGCUCAAACCCGAGGCUAAGGACUCCACUAUGCUGCUCAGUGAACGCAUAGUGCCUUCGCCGCAGCGCGAGACGGCCAUGGACCGUUUGUUGAAUUCGCUGGAGGACCGCGGCAUGAAUUUGGAACAACAAGUCAGGGACGAGAAGGAGGGGACUGCGCCUGUUCCCAAGGUGGCGCGGCUUCUCCGUGAUGGACAGGGCAAAUUCAUGUAUAUUGGGGAUUCGGCGAGCUUGUCCUUCCUACAGAGCGUACGCCGGGUAGUGUCAUCGUCUAUCGGCCGGUGCGAUUUCACCGAGGAUAACUCGCGUCACUCCAUGCUGGAGGCCUUCCAGAGUAACUCAAGCACCCAACCUGGAUCUCUCGUCCCACCGCCCAGUCAUGAAGAGGCCCAGCGACUGGCGCGGCAAUUCGUGCUCGCGACAAGCCCUUUGUUAGACUUGUUUGACCUCGAGGAGUUCCAUCCGCGUCUGGCCAAUUGGGUGGGCAAUCCGUCCGGCGACGAAGAUACUGUCAGCUCUAUCUUCUAUCUCGUCCUCGCGAUUGGUGCGCAGGUCUCCAAUAUCAAUCAAACCCUGGCCGAACAGUACUUUAGCAGUGGUCGCCAAUUAGCCUUUUCGGCGUUUCAAGAAACCCCCAGCAUCCACACAAUUCAAUCGUACAUUUUGGUAUCGAUGUACAUGCUGGGCGCAUGCAGGCGCAACGGCGCAUUCAUGAACCUCGGCAUCGCCUUGAGAGCCGCUUAUGCGGUCGGCAUUCACCGCAAAGACGCAAAUGCGCUCUUCUGUGGGCGGGAGCGAAGGGCGAGGGAACGUGUAUGGAAGAGUCUACGGAUGAUGGAUUUGUUUCUCAGCGCAUCCUUAGGCCGUCCUCCAGCAACUUCGGACUACGACUAUGAUAUUCGGGACAGUGCUCUUGUAUCCGGAGACCACCAGCAUAACCUGACCUCUGAGCAGCAGGUUUCGGGGGCUGUCAUAUCGCUGUGUCGCAUCUUCGAGCGCAUCUUGACAGAUGUCUAUAUGAAGCAAGUUAUAUCGAUCAACGUGGCCGAAGCUAUCUCCGACCAACACCGCACUUGGGUCCGUAGUCUGCCUACAGCUCUCAAGGCGCAGACAGAGCGACCAGACAACAAGACCAUGGAAGAUAGCCUAGCUGCGGCUCACGUCUUCGGGUCGUACUAUUGGUCGAUCAUCCUCCUCACACGACCCUUUCUCGUCUAUCUCGUGGCUCAAUACGUGAAAAGCAAAGCAGACCCUUGUCCUUCGGCCGAUCUGCGUAACAGCAGCUCCCGCGUCUCCCUUUUCGCCGAUGCAUGCGUCCACUCUGCCAUACGCGGUUUAGACGUGGUCGACGACCUCGCCCGGUUCGCUUCUCUCCCGCGCCGUCUCCCAUUCCUGAUCAAUUCGGCCUUUAACUCGGCCGUCGUUCUCGGUGCUGUCUUCUUCGCUGAUUACGAUACUCGUUAUCCGCUAGAAGCGGGCCUGACCAAAGCAGAAAACUUCCUCGGCUUAUUCGUCCCCCACGAUCCUCAUGCAUGCCGUUUCCUUCAGAUCGUCAAAUACCUCCGCGGCGCUGUAGCGGAGUAUGUCCAGCGGCGCAACCGCCAGUGGAUGGAGCGCCGCAGCAGGCAAGUCGACCAGCUCUUCGGUCAGGUCGGCGGUGGCUCUGAUCCUGCGGACCCCCUCGCUACCCGUGAACUUCCUCCACCCACCCCGUCUGGCCAAUCCCAGCAACCCCCCGCCGUACCUCCGCCAACCGAGCCCGGUAAAUUGCCCGGAACUACACCUUCCUCCUUGUUUGCUACACAGCCAGCGGGGUCAGCGGGCUUCCAGCCACCUGGCACGGAGGCCUGGGACACCCUCUCGUACGGACCCGACGAGACGCCUUUGUCCUAUGAUGCUGCCAUCUCGGCGCUCACAACGUCGGGCAUUCCAGUUGGCUGCUCUCCAGGCGGCACCAUUCCAUCUGGACAGCCACCACUCUCUAGUGGUCCGUCGCCACUCUCAGAUAUGAUAUUUCCCGAAAACGGUUUGCUGUACAUGGCCGAGGACCUGCCAGUCUUCGGGAUUUGGGAUGAAGAUUGA